ACUAAGAAGAGUGGUAAGCCUGGGCCUUUCCUGCUUUCUGGAUCUAGAGACAAGACCAUUAAGAUGUGGGACAUUAGUACUGGCAUGUGCCUUAUGACUCUCGUGGGCCAUGAUAACUGGGUACGUGGUGUCCUGUUCCACUCUGGUGGUAAAUUUAUUUUGAGCUGUGCCGAUGACAAGACCUUACGUGUCUGGGACUACAAGAACAAAAGAUGCAUGAAGACUCUUAACGCGCACGAACAUUUUGUUACCUCGUUGGAUUUCCACAAGACAGCGCCCUAUGUGGUCACCGGCAGCGUAGAUCAAACAGUAAAAGUGUGGGAGUGCCGUUGAUUGGAUUUACAUCUGACCCCUCCCCUCCCCUUCCUGUCCCUCUGGAUGCACUCGGAUACCAUGGUUACCCAUUGAGCUCUGUUUAAAAUAAAUAUUGUCCUUUCAUGUAAAUUAUUCUGGAUGUAGAUUGAGCUUAUUAAAUGUUACACACAAAGUA